AUGAUAAGAAAUGAAAGCGGUCUGACGAACGGUUCUUCAGUGGCCCCCCACGACACUACCCUGAAUCGCCCUCCAUGGGUUGCGACAACUUUGGGAUGCUUUCUGAUUUUCACCAUUGUCGUUGAUAUUUUGGGCAACCUCUUGGUCAUUAUCUCCGUGUACAGAAACAAAAAACUCAGAAACGCAGGCAACGUGUUUGUGGUGAGCCUGGCUGUAGCAGACCUGGUGGUGGCCUUCUACCCCUACCCUCUGGUCCUCUCCUCCAUCUUCAACAACGGCUGGAACCUGGGCUUCAUUCACUGUCAGGUUAGCGGCUUCCUUAUGGGACUCAGCGUCAUCGGCUCCAUCUUCAAUAUCACCGGCAUCGCAAUCAACCGCUACUGCUAUAUAUGUCACAGUCUUAAAUACCACAAGCUGUACAGUGACAAGAACUCCCUGUGUUAUGUCCUGCUCAUCUGGCUGUUGACUGUGGUGGCCCUGGUGCCCAACUUCUUUGUGGGCUCGCUGCAGUACGAUCCCAGGGUGUAUUCAUGUACGUUCGUCCAGUCGGCCAAUUCAGCGUACACCAUCGCCGUGGUCUUCUUCCACUUCAUCCUGCCCAUCAUGAUCGUCACCUACUGCUACCUGAGGAUCUGGAUCCUGGUUAUCCAGGUGAGGCGGAGGGUGAAGCCCGAGUUCAGGCCUAGGCUCACGCCGCAUGACGUGAGGAACUUUGUCACCAUGUUUGUGGUGUUCGUCCUGUUUGCUGUGUGCUGGGCACCGCUGAACUUCAUCGGACUGGCAGUGGCCGUCAACCCCGCCGCAGUAAUACCCAUGAUUCCAGAGUGGCUGUUCGUGUUCAGCUAUUUCAUGGCCUACUUCAACAGCUGCCUUAAUGCCAUCGUCUAUGGACUGCUCAACCAGAACUUCCGGAGGGAGUACAAACGGAUAGUUGUCUCGCUUUGCACUGUGACGUUGUUGUUCCCUGACAGUUCCAACGACGCUGCAGAGAGAGUCAAGCCAUCCCCUUUAAUAACCAACAACAACCAAGUGAAAGUAGACUGCGUGUGA